AUGAAUGCCCUUGAUUGUGUUCCCUUCAAGGUGUCCAAGGGGUUUGUAAUGGACACAGAGCCCUUGUCUUGGCCAGAGCUCAGUGUUGCAGACUGCAGGGAGCUUCUGCUGGGUUCCAUGCACGAUUUCAGCCUGGAGAGGAAGGCGCUCUUCUGGGUGGAGGCCGCCACUCAGGGGCCCGGCGCGAUCCAGUGCGAUGACCCGGGGACAGCGACAGCCCCACCAGCUUGGCUUUUGCUGGUCAGCCCUGAAUUCAGGCCAGUGUCUGCAGCGGCCACGGUCAAAGGCGCAGAGACAGGACCCCAGGAGAUGUCAGAGGAGGAGGAGAAGGAGGAAGAGGAGGGGGAGGAGGAUGAAGCUUCCUCUAGCAGCGAGGAAAAGCCCGGAGCCUGCAGCUCGCCCGCGAGCCCGGGGCCCGGCGCUCGCCGCUGCUCCCUGGACAUGCUGCGCGGGGUGCGGUCCGAGCUGGCCGGGGCGCGGCGGCGGCUCUCCGAGGGAAGGCUGGCGGCGGGCUCCCGGGCCCUCCUGCACCGCUUCCGAGGCCACCGUGCUCCGAGCCUCUGCCCGAGCCCCGUGACCCCCCUGAGCCCCGUGCCCCCGCCGCCCAGCACCCCCACGCCACCCCCGCGGCCCUGCACCGCCGACGCCGUGCCCCCGCGGCCCUCCACGGCCGGAGCCAUGCCGCCACUCAGAAGCCACAAGCCCACGGUCGCGUCCCUCAGCCCGUACACCUGCCUGCCACCCCUUGGGGGGAUGCAUCAGUCUCUAAAACUCCGCCAGCCACACUCUGAUUCUUCCAGUGACCUGCUCUCUGCUCUGACCCAAGAAGAGCAGGACCUCAUUGGGCCUGUGGUCGCUCUGGGGUAUCCUUUGCAUCGGGCCAUCUCGGCUCUGCAAAAGACAGGGAGGCAAAGCCUGAGCCAGUUCCUCAGCUACCUCAGCGCCUGUGACCGACUCCUGCGUCAGGGCUAUGAGGAGGGCCUGGUGGAGGAGGCCAUGGAGAUGUUCCAGUUCUCGGAGAGCCAGGCGGGUGAGUUCCUGCGGCUCUGGGAGCAGUUCAGUGACAUGGGUUUCCAGCAGGACCGCAUCAAGGAGGUGCUGCUGGUCCAUGGCAACCACCGUGAGCAAGCCCUGGAGGAACUCGUGGCCUGUGCUCAGUGA